CCUAUCCUGAUUUCAAAGUUCACAUUCUUCUCUCGUUCUCGGCGCGAAGGAGCUCCAAUCCACGGUCUCGAUCCUCUCCUUAGGAAAUGCAAAGCUUGUAAGCCAUGUCAAAAUUUCCCGACUUAUUGCUUCACCUGCAUCGUUUUGAUGCUGAAGGAGCUGACAAUAGCAACGACUUCGAUCUCUGUGGUCUGAAAGUGAAAUCCAAAGACCUUUGUCUUCUCUCUGAUGAUCUCUUCAAGCAUCUUCAUGUCAAAUUUGAAGUUUUCUUCUCUUCUUUGCGGGAUUUAUCCGAAAGCGGGUCUCGUCAAGUGCCCGAAUUGCAUUCGAAAUUGUGGAAAAUUGUUAAAGACCUAACGUUGAUUCUCAGGUCCUGUCUGAUUAUUUUGACAUUGCUCGAGUCUGAACAGCAGUCCCUACUUAAAAAAUGCCGCUAUAUUUGUCAGAUUUUGAAGAUUUUCGGUUCCAUUGAUAUGGAUGGGAGAAAUGGAAGAACCCAAAUAACAGUUGAGAACUUGGACUCCUGUGAAUUAAACCCUACCAGUGUCGAACCUUCCAUAUCUGCUUCUUGCGAACUAUCUGAUCCUUGCCGUCCCUUUCUGUGUUCAAUGCUUGAGGUAUUUGCAGAUGAGUGUUUAAAGCAUCCAUCUUUAAGGAAGUAUAUUAUGUAUGUGGAAUCAUCUUCUAUCAGUGAAAAGAAUUCAACAUCUAACUUGAACCAUGGUUAUAUUGCAAGUGUCCUGGAGAUGAUAUCUGCCCAUUUUAUGUUGUCAGUUUCGGAUGAUCAAACACUUGAGAAUUUCGUCAGUAGAUUACUUUUGCCUUGUGGCAAGGAUUCAAGAGGUUUUGAACUAAGUUUGGAAGCUUCCAUAUCAUUGCUGCUCAACCCUAUUUUGCUUUCUGCACCAAAGAUGUUCCAGGCACAUGUAAUUUCACUAGUUUCUGAAGCCAUUGGUCACUGCUCAUCUUCAAAGAACUUGGUUUCAGAUAGCUUUACGGACUGCUACUUUACAGCAUUUGAAAGAUCAAUCAUUAUGUACUCAAUGUAUGCUUCUAGUUUUCAAACGGAUGGUUCUUGCAUGGGACUCAAUCUACUUGGCAGAAGCCAGGUAACAUUUGAAGCCUACAUUCAGCAAGUGACAAAGAACAAACUAAAUUAUCUUGUAUCAAAACUGGAUGGUUCAUGGGAUUCUUAUCAAUGCAAAGGCAUCCAAAGCAGAGCCAACCUUUUGACUGAAUAUAUUACGUUUAUGAAAGAAAGCCAACACAUGUUUCCUGAUUCAUGCAGGAACACAAUUUUUUCCGUCUUAGAAUGCAUUAUUUGCAGGACUUUCUCUGAAAAUGCUACUGGAGAUGAAUUCUAUACAAAGAAAAAUACUAGCGCUCAGGAUAUAUGCCUUCUUACAUCAAUAUUGAAGUUAAUGAGCAUUUCAUUAAUCCAAGCCACUUGGUGUCUAAGUAAGGGUAGUAAUUCAGGUUGCCUGAAAACCUUGGGUAACACUACUUUGUCUAAAAGAUAUGACUUCUUGAUCACCAUGGUUAACUGUUUCCAACAGUGUAAUACGAGUUUACCCAUUCAAAACAUGUUGUCUGAUGUGAUGAAGAGUUACCAAGCAAGGCAUAAACACUCCAAGUCAAUACUUUUUCACUUCUCGGGCUUGCUAUCUUCAAGCUUUAUCCAUGGAUUUGAUAUCUUGGCAAAGGCAUGCAUAUCUGUAAUUAUGGCACUGAUGUAUCUAUUCAUAUUUGAAGAGGGGGAUUUAAUUGCAUUAGGAUCAUUAAAGGACCUGCCAUUGCAAUCUUUGCCAUCUGGAAUGCCAUUGGCUAAAGCUAGAGAGGUUGCUGGAAAUAAAACUAGCUAUAAAGUUGCAUCAGAGUUUCAUAAAAUUUGGGCACGUUAUUCCAGGAAGAAUUGCUUCCAACAAGGAAUCCAAGACAAUCAAGCCGAGGGUACAAGGACAGUGGCAAUUCUAGAUCCUUUCUCCUAUGACUUAGAAGAAGAAAUAUGUAAUGGUGAUAUGUUCCUUGAAUGCAUUUUGAAAAAUUCCAAAAGAUCUGAUUAUGCUGAUCUUGUGGACUUCAUUGAGUGUAAGAAAGGGAAAGACUAUCGUAGGUGGUUGAAGAACCGAGAGAAAUACCGAGGAUGGAAACGCAACAAAGUGGAUAAUAUGAGGAAGAAGAGUAAGAAAAUGUUGCGGAAGGUUCUGAAGUGCACGUCAGUUCCAAGGAAGAUGAAGCGCCAGAAGUGUUGCAAGAGAUAUGAAAUACAGUGGAUUGCAUUCAAGAGAAAGCAUAUUUUCGGGAGAAUUACAUACAUAUUUUAAAUUAAAAAAAAUUAAUUAUGCAUAGGUCCUAACUACUUGUAAAUACAGCAAUUUGACUUGUAAAUAUUA